AUGCCUUUUGCCAAUAUGCUCCUAGAGGAUCCUGCGGUCCCAGCCCUAGAGCGACAACAAGCUUUAGAUCGCAUCUUUGCAGAUCCAGGCAUCCCUCAAAAGACAACUACGUCAUCUUUUUGGCUCAAAGAUCCCCAUGAAAGCUUUGCGACUCGCUCCUCAAAACCUCUUCCCGUCGAGGCUGAUAUUGUUAUCGUCGGGUCCGGCAUCACUGGCGCGUCCAUCGCACGCACCUUGCUCGAAAAUGGUAUCAACCCCAAUUCCUCCAACCAGGAAGUCCCGUCUGUCAUCAUGAUUGAAGCUCGCGACAUUUGCAGUGGAGCUACAGGUCGUAACGGUGGACACAUUCUGGAGACUGCAGACGAAUACUCGGAGCUGGCGGACGAAUACGGGGAGGAAGUUGCAAAGAAGACCCUUCGGUUCCGUCUUGCGCACUUGAAGGAGAUGUUGAAGGUCUGCAAGGACCUUGGCCUGACAGAACAUGUCCAGGCACGCAAAGUACAAUUUUUGAGCGCCUUCUUUGGAGAGGAGCCCUGGAAAGAUGCGUUGGAGCGACUGAGUCGAUUCAAGGCCGGCAUGCCAGAGGAAGCUGCCGAAUGGAUCGCCUAUGACAGAAAGUCGAUGCCGGAAGAUUUCAAGCUCUCCAGAGCUCAUGGUGUUAUCGCUGGCCCAGCAGGUGCACUGUGGCCAUACAAAUUCGUGACUAGCCUGCUGGCCCAACUACUGUCUAAAUACCCCGGUCAAUUUCGUGUUGAAGAUCAUACCGCCGUCACAUCAAUUAGCGAAACCUCCUCUUCAGCCUACAAUGCCCGGCCUCCGUGGUCGUAUCUUCCCCUACGCGGACAGAUGUCCGCUCAAACCCCCGGAAGCAAUUUCCCCUGUCAGGCUGCCAAGCAUUCUUGGCUGUUCAGUUAUGACCGGGGCUUCGAUUAUCUCACGCAGCUGCCUAGCGGACAAAUGAUGUUCGGAGGUGGCUUCGCUCGAAGUGAAGGUGGCGGUCUUGCUGAUCUUGGAAUUGCAACGGAUAAUGAGAUGAGUCUGUAUUGUGAUAUUCAUCUAUCGGGCGCUCUCCCGGCUGUUUUUGGUCGCCAAAACUGGGGUGAAAUUGAGGGAGAUCCUGUGCAAGCGAUGUGGACUGGUAACAUGGCUUUCAGUGCAGAUGGAUUUCCCUGGGUCGGACAGCUGCCUACUUCCGUGACAAAGAGACCUAGAUCAAGAAGCAUUGAUUCUGGAUCUGAGUGGGUAUCCGCGGCAUUUGGAGGCGAGGGAAUGGUCCAAGCAUGGCUGUGCGGGAAGGCUUUGGCAACUAUGCUGCUAAAGCAGGAUGGUAGACUUUCUCCAACUGCCGAUGAUGAUAUUUCAUGGUUACCAGACCAAAUGCUCGUAACUGAGGAGCGGAUAUCCAAGUCCGUGCUUUCGCGAACAGUUCCGUCGUCGCAUAAAGCGUCGCUGUGA